AUGUUUAACAACUUGAGAGACGAUAUUGACAAUUCUGAUCGAUAUCUUCGCUGUGCUCCUUCAAGCGAAUCGUUAUUAGCAUUACUAGAAUUAAAACGAACCAAGACACCUCGUGGUGUCACAGCAACUACUUCAGCAGCAUCGACUCAUAGCGGCCUACAAACGCCUCAGCCCAAUUUGCCAGAACAAGAUCUAUCUUCAGAAACACUUGUCAAUGGUAGAUAUGUACCCUAUCCAGCAUGGACAACUACAUCUCAAUCGCUUCAUUUGCCUUCAUAUCAAGAAAUUCAAGAAACAUUUGUCAGCUUAAAGAAUGUUUUUGGGUUUCAGUAUGACAGCAUGCUCAAUAUGCUUGAUCAUUUUAUGGUUAUGCUUGAUUCUCGUGCCUCGCGUAUGGCACCAACAAUGGCGCUGUUAUCCCUGCAUGCAGAUUACAUUGGUGGACCCAACGCAAACUAUCGAAAAUGGUAUUUUGCAGCUCAGCUUGAUUUAGAUAAUGCAGUCGGUGACAAACAUGCGGCAAAGAAUGUGGCAGACAGCGACAGCUCAGACAGCAAGACACAGCAGCAGAUCACUUUGACAGAAGCAGAACAAACGUGGCAAAAGAGCAUGGAACACAUGUCAGAUAUCGAACGAGUGCGACAACUAGCAUUAUGGUUGAUGAUUUGGGGAGAAGCAUCGGUAAUUCGUUUCUGUCCUGAGGCACUUUGUUUUAUCUUUAAGCUUGCAAAUGACGCUGCCGAGACUAAACUAGAGACAGCCGCAGUCUCUCAAUCUUCUGAUUUUAUGGCUGCUGAAGGCGAUUUUCUAGAUAAAGUGAUAUCGCCGUUAUAUGACUUUGUCAAAUGUCAAGUUUAUCGCAAGGACAAGCAGCAGGAUUUUGUUCGAAGAGACCGAGACCAUGCUAAUGUGAUUGGAUAUGAUGAUGUGAAUCAGCUUUUUUGGUAUCCAGAGACGAUUGAUCGAUUGCAGCUCCAAGAUAAAACAAAGCUGAUGAGUAUCGAUCCACCCUUACGAUUUAAUUCACUCAAAGAUGUUCAUUGGGAGAAAGCGUUUCAAAAGACAUUUAAAGAAAAGCGAUCUUGGAUGCACUUGGCUGUCAACUUUUCAAGAAUUUGGAUUAUUCAUAUUGUGUCAUUUUGGUAUUAUAUUGCUGCAAAUGCUGAUAUCCUUUACUUGAGCAGUGACAAGGAAACAGCAGAAAACGAAACAUCUGUAAAAAUCUCUAUGGCUGCUCUUGGUGGUGCAGUAGCUACAUUAUUAGUGAUGCUUGGUAGCUUUGUUGAAUAUGUUUAUGUACCCAUGAAUUUCCAAAGAGCAGGUAUCCUUUCUCGGCGUCUUGCUUUGCUUUUUUUGGUCUUGAUUCUUAAUAUUGGGCCUUCUGUUUAUUGCCUGGUGAUCAAACGAACAGGCACUAUUUCUAUGGUUGUAUCCUUAGUUCAACUCCUGAUUAGUUUAAUCACUAGUGUGUUUUUUGCUUUAAUGCCUCAAUCUCGGUUAUUUAUCAAAAAGAGCAGGACAAUCAGUGACCAAAAGAAGACACCUGCAAGCCAGACAUUUACCGCCAGCUUUCCUCAUCUCAAGAAAGAAGAUCGUCUUAUCUCUAUAGGUUUAUGGGCAUGUGUGUUUGGUUGCAAGCUUCUUGAGUCUUAUUUUUUCUUGGCGCUUUCUUUUAAGGAUCCUCUCAAAGCGAUUGCUAGUAUGGAAGUAUCUAAUUGUCAUGAUGCUAUCUUGGGCUCCUUUUUAUGUAGCUACAUGCCUUCCAUCAUGCUUGCACUGAUGCUAGUUAUGGAGCUUGUCUUGUUUUUCUUGGAUACCUAUUUAUGGUAUGUUAUUUGGAAUACUGUGUUCUCUGUCGCACGCUCUUUCUAUCUUGGUAUAUCCAUCUGGAGCCCAUGGCGUAAUGUGUUUCUAAGACUUCCUAAGCGAAUUUAUGUCAAGAUCUUGGCAGCUUCUGAAUUUGAUUUUCAUAUAGAACCCAAGAUGUUGUGUUCUCAAAUUUGGAAUGCAGUGGUUGUGUCCAUGUAUCGAGAACAUUUACUGUCCGCUGAUCACGUAUCCAAGUUAUUGUAUAGACAGAUUGCUGGUACCGAAACCACCAAGCCUACACUCAAACCACCUACGUUCUUUGUUUCCCAAGAAGAUGUUGCCUUUGAAACUGAAUAUUAUCCACAAAAAAGUGAAGCAGAACGUCGAAUGCAGUUCUUUGCUCAAAGUUUGACUACACCUAUGCCUGAAUCGCUUCCUGUGCCGAACAUGCCCACGUUUACUGUUAUGACACCUCAUUAUGGUGAAAAGAUCAUCUUGUCCUUGCGUGAAAUCAUUCGAGAAGAAGAAAAGAAUGCCCGAAUUACCUUAUUGGAAUAUUUGAAGCAACUGCAUCCAUUUGAAUGGGAGAACUUUGUCAAGGAUACUAAAAUAUUUGCUGAUGAAACAAGCGACAUGUUGGCGGAAGAGGAUAGAUCAACGUCCACCCGUAAAAAAUUAUUUGAGUCCGCAACACCUAUCGAUGAAAAGACAGAAGAGCAACACAAGAUUGAUGAUUUACCUUUUUACUGUGUCGGAUUCAAGUCUUCUAGUCCUGAAUACACGCUGAGAACACGUAUAUGGGCCUCCUUGCGCACGCAAACACUUUUCCGUACCAUUUCUGGAUUUAUGAACUACCACAAGGCCAUCAAGCUAUUGUAUCGAGUAGAAACACCUGAAUUAAGAUCUUCUCUCAAUGGUAUCGAUGAAUCUGGAGAUACUGCUUCGUUGGUAGACAGUAUUACAGAACCAGAACUUGAACAGAUGGCAAGUCGUAAAUUUAGGUUUCUGGUUGCUAUGCAACGCUAUUCUCAGUUUAAUCUUGAAGAAAAAGAAAACGUAAACUAUAUUCUAAAGGCCUACCCUGAUCUACAAAUUGCUUAUCUUGAACAAGAGACCGAAGAAGACGUGCCUGUGUUUUACACUGUAUUGAUUGAUGGUCAUUGCACUAUUAGGUCAGAUGGAACAAGAUCACCCAAGUAUCGUAUCCGUUUGCCCGGUAAUCCUAUUCUCGGUGAUGGUAAAGCUGACAAUCAAAACACAGCAUUGAUUUAUUAUCGUGGUGAAUAUCUGCAAUUAAUUGACGCCAAUCAAGAUAAUUAUCUAGAAGAAUGUAUCAAGAUCCGUAAUGUCUUGAGCGAAUUUGAAGAGAUACAUCCGACAAAUGAUUCGCCUUAUGCAGACUACAAGACUGGAAAGACACCUGUUGCUAUUGUAGGCGCACGAGAAUACAUCUUUUCCGAAAAUGUGGGUGUAUUGGGUGAUGUGGCUGCUGGUAAAGAACAGACGUUUGGUACUUUGACCCAGCGUAUUAUGGCUACUAUUGGAGGAAGACUUCACUAUGGUCAUCCUGAUUUUCUGAAUGCCAUAUACAUGACAACACGGGGUGGUGUCUCUAAGGCACAAAAGGGACUCCAUUUAAAUGAAGAUAUCUAUGCUGGUAUGAAUGCUUUUGGACGUGGUGGACGCAUCAAACAUGUAGAGUAUUUCCAAUGUGGUAAAGGUCGUGAUCUUGGCUUUGGAUCUGUACUUAAUUUUGUUACCAAGAUUGGCAGUGGUAUGGGUGAACAAAUGCUCUCUCGAGAAUACUAUUAUUUGGGCACCCAAUUACCUUUAGAUCGUUUCUUGACCUUCUUCUAUGCUCAUCCUGGUUUUCAUGUCAAUAACAUCUUUAUCAUGAUGUCCGUUCAUAUGUUUAUGCUUGUCUUGCUGUUUGUGGCUGCAACGAGUAUGCCAUUAACUGUGUGCGAAGUGGAUGCAGCUGGAAUUGCAUUGCGAUCUGAAGGAUGCUAUAAUCUGGUGCCUAUUUUUGAAUGGUUAGGCCGUGUUGUGAUCUCUAUCUUUGCCAUUAUCUUUGUUUCUUUCUUGCCCUUAUUCUUACAAGAACUAACAGAAAGAGGCUUCUUUAGAGCAUGUAGUAGGCUUUGUAAGCAUAUGCUUUCUCUUUCACCUUUAUUUGAAAUCUUUGUAACACAGACCUAUGCUAAUUCGAUCUUAAACAACUUGACGUUUGGUGGUGCUAGAUACAUUGGUACAGGCCGUGGUUUUGCAACAGCUCGUUUGCCGUUUUCUUUGCUUUAUUCCCGAUUUGCUGAUACAAGCAUGUAUGUUGGUGCUCGUCUGUUCUUGAUCUUGUUCUUUGGGUCUCUUGUACUCUGGAUUCCUCACCUUGCCUAUUUCUGGUUUACCGUGAUGGCCCUGAUCUUGUCUCCCUUUUUGUUUAACCCACAUCAAUUUGCAUUGACUGAUUUCUUGAUGGAUUAUCGUGAAUACAUUCGCUGGCUAUCUCGAGGUAAUGGCAGUACACACCAUCAGUCUUGGAUUGAGUACUGUCGUUUUGUUCGUAUGCGUACCACAGGUGUCAAAAAGAAGCAAUUGGAUCCCAAGCAGCCCACACAACAACAAUCCCGUGCACGCUUUAGUGUCGUCUUGUUUUCUGAAAUCUUGUUGCCCUUUUUGCUUGCUGUCUUGAGUAUUGUGGCCUAUGUAUUUAUUGAGAGCUUUGAUGCAUCUAAAAGACCCAGUGCUUUGCUUCGUGUGGGUGCUUUUGCUCUUGGUCCUAUUUUAUUGAAUGCUGGCAUUCUUAUGGUGUUAUUUAUGGUCUCUUUGCUAGGUGGUUGUGUAGCUGGUGUAUGUUGUGGUGUCAAGUUUGGAGCGACAAUUGCUGCUAUUGCGCAUGGUUGGUCUGUCUUUAACUUCAUUUUGUUCUUUGAAGCCUUUUACUUGCUGGAGAAUUGGGAACUGAAGCGAGUUAUAUUAGGCAUGAUUGCUGUUGGUUCUGUACAGCGUUUUGUGUUUAAGCUAAUGACAGUCUUGUUAUUGACACGCGAGUUUUAUGAUGGACAAAGUAACCAAGGGUGGUGGACGGGUCGAUGGUAUGGUCGUGGUUUUGGAUGGUAUGCAUUAACCCAACCCAUGCGUGAAUUCGUUUGCAAGACAAUAGAGAUGAGCUUGUUUGCUACUGAUUUUAUUAUGGGACAUUUUAUUUUGUUUCCCUUGUUUUUGAUAUGCCUCAUUCCAGGCAUUGAUAAAUGGCAUUCACUGAUGCUGUUCUGGUUGAAACCAAGUGAACAAAUUCAGGAACCCAUCUAUUCUGUUGCUCAAAGAUCCAGGCGCAGAAGAAUCGCAGUGUGUUAUGGUAUUUCACUUGUUAUUUUAUUUAUUGCAUUUAUAGGCCUUUUAGUGGCACCCGCCAUGCUUGGUCCACACCUUUCAUUCAAAUUGUCAUUGCCCAUCUAA